AUGUAAUGAUGACGACCCAACAUCAAAGGGAAACAGUGAGCCAACACCAACUACGAAAAGCAAAGAUGGGAGACCAACCUCACCUGGAAGUGUUGAGCCAACAUCAAGUAAGAAAAGUAACAAUGAGAAGACAAUAUUAGGUAACAAUACUGAACCAACACCAAAUAGGAAAUGUAAUGAUAAAACUACAACAUUAACUAGAGGCCCAGAGCUCACAAAGCUAACACCAAAUGAACAAUGUAAUGAUGAGGACAUGACCUUAAAUGAAGAUACUGAGCUAAUACCAAAUGAGGAAUGUGAUGAUGAUGAUGAUGAUGACCCAACAUCAAAGGAAAACUUUGAACCAGCACCAAAUAAGAGAAGCAAAGAUGGAAGACCAACCUCACCUGGAAGUGUUGAGCCAUCACCAAGUAAGAAAUCUAACAAUGAGAAGACAACAUCAGCUAAAAGAACUGAUCCAACAGCAAAUAGGAAACCCGAUGAUGGGAAAGCAACAUCGACUUCAAGUAUUAAACCAGCACCAAAUAAGAGAAGCAAAGAUGGGAAACCAACCUCACCUGGAAGUGUUGAGGCAACACCCAGUAAGAAAAGUAACAAUGAGAAGACAUUAGCUAAAAAUAUUGAACCAAAACCAAAAAAGAAAUGUAACGAUAAGACCACAACAUCAACUAGAGGCACAGAGCUAACACCAAAUGAACAAUGUAAUGAUGAGGACCCAACACCAAAGGGAAAUAAUGAGCCAAGACCAAAUAAGGAAAGCAAAGAUGGGAGACCAACCUCACCUGGUAUUGAGCCAUCACCAAGUAAGAAAUCUAACAAGACAACAUCAGCUAAAAGUACUGAUCCAACACCAAAUAAGAAAUGUAAUGACAAGACCACAGCGUCAGCCAGAGGCACAGAGUUAACACCAAAUAAGAAACCUAACAAUGGAAAAACAAUGUCUACAAGAAGCAUGGAGUCCUCACCACGUAAGAGACAGAACGGUGAGAGCACAACAUCGGCUACAAGUGCUGAAACUACACCAAAUAAGAAACCUAACGAGGGUAGCACAACAUCAAAUGGAAGUACUGACCAAACAUCCAAAAAAAGACACAAGAAUGAGAAGACAACAUCAACCAGAAGCACAGAGCGAACACAAAGUGAGAAAAGUAACAAUGAGAGCACAGCAUCAAGUGGAGGUACUGACCCACCACCAAUUAAGAAACAUAGGAAGACAUCAGGCGGUACCGAGAAUGACGAUAACCCUUUCAAGUGUGACAGGUGCGGUAAAGUGACGACCAAUUUCAAAAACUACAAAUUUCAUAUGAAAUCCCACACUGUUGAAAAGAAAUACAAAUGUGACACUUGCGGGUUAAUGUUCAGGGAGAGUUGGGAUUUGAAUAAACAUAUGAUAGUUCACUCUGCUGAGAAGCCUUUCAAAUGCAAGGUUUGCGGAAAUGGAUUUAACCGGCGUUAUAAUCUCGACCUGCAUCUUCGGGUUCACUCUGGGGAAAAGCCGUACAAAUGCAACACCUGUGACAAAAGCUUCAGCGCGUUAGUGAAUAUGAAGAAGCACAUGAGAAUUCACACAGGUGAGAAGCCUUACAGCUGUAGCGACUGCGGAAAAGAGUUUGCAGAUUCGUCGUCUUUCAAAAAUCAUCAGCGGGUGCACACGGGGGAAAAGCCCUUCAAGUGUUCCUUUUGCAAGAGAAGAUUUGCUACCAGGACGACUUUGAGAAGGCACACCAGAACACACACAGGCGAAAAGCCAUACACGUGCGAUGUGUGUCACAAGGCGUUUAGUUAUAGAACAGACCUGAAAGGACACAUGAGGACACAUACUGGGGAGAAGCCUUACAAAUGCAGUACUUGUGAAGAAAAGUUCUCCACUUGGACAAAACUCAACAAACACAAGAAUGUACACACAAGUGAUGCACAAAGCUCCACUGCUUAAAAACCUGUCUGCGUUCGAUCUACCGUGCUUAUGAUAAAAGUAAAUGAAUUGCACUACAAGUAGUAGUGCACUAAGUAGAAUUGCUACUGCUAUUUUGACAUGUUAUGUUAAAGAGUACUCCACCAAGAUAUAUAUAUUGUUUCAAUUUAUACAUGUUUCAAAAUCUGGUGCCUACAUUACCCACAAUGCAGCACAUUUGCAGUUGGGUCAACAGUUGCCUUGAGCCUUGAGCUGCUAGCCUAAGUCAGAGAUGAGGAAUGGGCUA